ACAUUUAAUUUCUCUCGUCUGCUCCCCCGACGCCGGCGGCAGAUCCAACGAGAUCGGUCGGCCACGCCUCGAAGCACUGAGAUGCCGCCGAUCCGAUCCGGUGAAAAAUCAGGCUAUAUUGGCCGACUAGAUUUCCAUCCUUUGAUCCUUAUCCAGCCUUAAAGAUCUGAUCUUGGUAAGAGAUCCUCCCCAAAGAUCCGAUCUUGGCGGCACAUCGAUCCGAUUUGUUUGGGAUUUACGCGGUCAUCGAUCAUAAUCGAUCGGGAAGACCGAGAAGAGAAGAAGAGGAGAGAGAGAUGAGCGGCGGCGGUGACGGCGGCGCCGGCGAGGAUCCGGUGCGGUUGGACGACGAGCAGCUGGCAGAGCUCCGGGAGAUCUUCCGCUCCUUCGACCGAAACAACGACGGCAGCCUCACCCAGCUCGAGCUGGGCUCCCUCCUCCGCUCCCUGGGCCUCAAGCCGAGCACCGACCAACUGGAUGCCCUCAUCCAGAGGGCCGACACCAACGCUAACGGCCUCGUCGAGUUCUCCGAGUUCGUGGUCCUCGUCUCCCCGGAGCUCGUGGCGGCCAAGUCCCCCUACACCGAGGAGCAACUCCUCCGGCUGUUCAAGAUGUUCGACCGCGACGGCGACGGGUACAUCACCGCCGCAGAGCUCGUCCACUCCAUGGCCAAGCUCGGCCACGCCCUCACCGCCACCGAGCUUACCGGCAUGAUCAAGGAGGCCGACACCGACGGCGACGGGCGCAUCAGCUUCCAAGAGUUCUCCCAGGCCAUCUCCUCCGCAGCCUUCGACAAUUCCUGGUCCUGAGUCCAUUUCCUCCCUUGUUUCGUAGGUACCGAAAUAAAAAGGUCUCUCCUUCGCCAUUUUCCAUCCUCAUCCUUUGGUCGUUCUUCUGCCUCUCCUCUAUUUAUGCACACAAACAUAGUUCACCCGAGUGUGAUAUGAAUGGAUACUGGAUGAAACCAGUGAGGACGGAGGUGAUGACAUGUUUGUUUUGGCUCAUGUACAUGGGGAUUCACAAACCCAGUUUUCUGUGCAUAAGAUCUUGCUAAAUUAUUGUUUCUUUCAUGUCAGAAAACCAUGUUUUCUGUGUAUAAAAAAGCCUUUUUUUUCCUUU